UCUAACACAAUAGCACACACAAAGAGAGAAGUAUCAGUCCAGAGCACAGCAUGGUGGAGUACACAAUCACACCGGGUGACGUGGAGGCCGGCCUGGAGGAGAGGACGGUGGUUCUGGUUGACAAGAAGUCAUCAUCGUCCUGGAUGUGGAAGGUGUGCGGGGCCCUGCUCGUGGUGGCCCUUUGUUUCGGAGGCGUCCUCAUGUUUGCUUGGCAGUGGAACGGGAGGUCAGAAACGAAGACGCAAUCAGGCCAGACAGAAGCUCUAAUCGGGAAGGACGGUGCUGAGAAAACAGAUCCCCACUACACGCUGAGUCGAAUCAGCAGCAAAGCCAAGGCAGCCAUCCAUUUAGAAGGUAGCUACGAUGAAGGCGAGAGCUCUGAUCUGGAGUGGACCAACGGUCAGGGCCAGGCGUUCGCUCAGGGCGGCUUCCGGCUGGCCAACAACCAAAUCGUGAUCCCGCAGACCGGCCUCUACUUCGUGUACAGCCAGGCGUCGUUCAGAGUGUCCUGCAGCGACGAGGACGGAAGACGCCUGGCGCCUCUCAGUCACAGGAUCUGGCGCUACUCGGACUCGGUUGGAAGUAAAGUGUCGGUGAUGAGCGCGGUAAGGUCGGCGUGCCAGAACACGGCUCAGGACGACAGCCUCAGAGACGGGCAGGGCUGGUACAACGCCAUCUACCUGGGCGCCGUGUUUCAGCUGAAUAAAGGCGACCGACUGUGGACAGAAACCAACCAGCUGUCGGAGCUGGAGACCGAAGAGGGCAAGACUUUCUUCGGCGUGUUUGCACUUUGAACUGUUCAGAGACUUUGUUUUAUUUUUAUCAUCCUCGUGGUGAUGUAGGAAUGUUUAAAUCUCAAUUGAGAUGGAACGCUGAAUUUUUAAAAACCCUAUAAACUGUAACAGUUUGCAAUGUUUUUUUUUUAUUUUAGGCACUUUUUUGACAUUAUUUAUGCUGACCUGAGAUUGUAGAAGACUCAACUUUCUCUGCUGUACCACAUGAUGACGCAGCUCUUCACCAGAGAGUUCACGUACAGACCAUUAUUACCUAUUACAAGCUGUAUGUAUUUAUUUGUAUUUAUUUGUAUUUAAAUUGUGGGAUUAGCUGUUUAAUGAUAUUUAUGUACUUUGUGCACAUAAUUAAAAUGCAAAA